UUCCUGCUUAUCGGAGCAAUUGCCCCUGCACUGUGCGAGCUUAUCUGAGGCUGAAGCGCCAACCGUCGUUCCUUCCGCUGGGUGGCCUGCGCUUGCAUGACCAUUUACCCACCCUCAACCGCCACCAGCAACACACGACGACGACGAGUACAACCUUCCCGGGGCAAGCCCAACGAAACCGCCCUUUUUCUUGUCCACUCAGCUUCUGCCAACCCGGUCCUACCCCGAAAAUACCACGGGAUGGUCACUUCACCUUUGUGUCGGUCGUAGGAGAUUCACUCCUAUCCUGUUGAUCCCCGGCGGGUCCUGCUCGGGACUAAAGCCUUCGAACUUUCUCGCCGAACUUAAGACACUUGAGGGGCAGACGGUUUCGCCAAUCCAUAUUGGCCCCGUUCACAGAAUAUGAGCUCAGCUUCUCCACCAUAUUCCUCGCCGAUAUCGAACUCCCCCUCUCAAUCCUUACACUCAACCUCAGCCUCUCCUUCGAUUCCACACUCUCCGGCCUCUGUCCCUGCCUCGGGCUCGACUUCUCCCGCAUCUGAAUCGGGUUCACCUUCGAUUCCCGCGCUACCCCAACCCUUGAUCGACUCGGACGACGUUUGGGGCGGAAUUGACGACGAGCUCUUCUACCAAGCAGGGGCCUACCAAGUCCCAGACUAUUCCUCCGACGUUCUUGACCAUCGCUCAAGCACGUUCGACUCCGAAGCCGACGCUCAGCAGGAUUGGGACCCCGAGUCUGCCUCACAAUCACAGUCACAGCCUUCAGACUCCGAUUCAGAAGAAUCUUCCAUGUCGGACGGCCUCGCUGCCCACGGACCCUUGUUCAACGACCCAUUUUCACCUGACCUGGCCGACGAACUCGAGCUUGCACUUCUCGCCGAAAUGGACCAGUUGCCACGCCUACGCGAACAACAAACGUCUCGUGGGGACAAUCGCGAGGGAGGCAUGGCCGGACAGCACCAGAACGGCUCGGGGGAAUUCGGCAACCCGGCGGAUGUUUUAGUCGACUUAGAGCUGUACUUUCAGCAAGGACAUCGAAGGCCUGCAGGAGGACCCCAAAACAACCCUAAUAGUGCUCCUGCAGACGUCAUCGACCUCACGAACGAGCCUGACAGCCCUGUUCAGACACACGCGCCCCGCCCUGCCGUGAACCCGAGAAGACAGAACUCUCAGGGCAGGAACCCACCGUCGUUUGCGCGUAGCGAUAGUAGCAUUCUCGCCGGCAACGCGCCAGUCAUCGACCUCACCGACGACUCUCCUGAGGUCCCGCGCAGGCGUGCACCCAUCUUGCCCCCCCCGGUUGCCCGGCCUCGUGAGCGCAGCAGACAACCGGCAACCUUUGGAAUGUACAACUCGAGCAAUGCACUUAGCGGACUAGCAGCAGGCAUACGUCGCCAUCUCUACCCGUUCCGACUCUUCCCCGGCCCUGAGGAUGAUGUGCAACUUCUUGGCAUCUUUCACAACAGAAUUAACCAAGGCGCCGAUCUCAACAACCCACUGGGCAACAUCCAACUUCAGUACGAACAUGGCGCUUUUGACCAACGCGCCGAACGAGCCGAGUCACCAAAGCCAGUUCACCAAGCCCCGCCCCCGGCCAAGUCAGGAUUUACCAGAGAUACGGGCUCUGACCUCAUUGUAAUAUGUCCUGCUUGCAACGAGGAGCUGGCCUAUGACCCCGAAAUUCCGGUGAACGAGAGCCAUCCAACGCGCAAGGGUAAGCGUCAACGUAGCGAGCACCACUUUUGGGCUCUAAAGGGAUGUGGUCAUGUCUACUGCGAGGAAUGUUUUGAGAACCGCAAGCCAGCAGCCAAACGUCCCAACAAUCGGUUUCGACGCGACCUUGAGAGCAAACUUGUAUGCGCGGUGGACGGCUGCGAGACUCUAGUUGCCAACAAGACGAGCUGGGUUGGAAUCUAUCUAUGAAUGACGGUGUCUUUGGCGCGGCGAUGUGGUUCUUGAAGAGUCAUGGAUGGAUAAUGGCGUCGCCUGGACAAGUGGGAAGCAUUGACUCGGCGUUUGGGGUUGGGACGGCAUCAUACGAACAGCGAUUCCCACGAUCACGGUAUAGGAUUGCUUUUUUCUUCUUCUCGGCCUUUUCAUGGAAGGGUUCCAUACCGGGAAGGCUCUGCGAUAAUCAGCGAGAGUCAGCGUGAGAACUCUGCCUCAGUUAUUCUGUGUCGUGACCCAGGAUGUACAUUUUUCGAGGGCAUGAACACAGGACAUAGUAUUGGUUCAGGGCCGCGUGUGCUGCCAAGCCCCUGUAUAGAGAUUUCUUGCUCAAUAAUACUCUAUUGCUCGUUGUCAUGACUCUCAUAUACAUCGUUCAUCUACUGAUGAACCGUUGACUGACGACGGCAAGAAUCCAAAUGCUAUGGUGCUCUCAAGGGUAUACUAAUUUCAAAAUGACUCGCCAGUGCUUACUGUUGCUGCGUCUCUAGCCGUGAAAAGAGGUGCCGUCCUAUCCCAAGAAUGCAACUUGCCUCACGCUUUUCCCCAAUCUCUAAU